CCCCCCCACACGCCUCUAGGGGGCCCUAGCGCCUGCAAUCCUGCUGUGAGUGACUCUGACGUCAUCAGUGUUAGCUCAGUUUACACAAGUUGAAUCUAUUUGUUUUGUAAAUAACCUUAAUGAGUUGACAGAAACAGAGAUGUUGGGAUAGUUGUUGGGAAAUAAACAUGGGGGUGGGGUUAGUGAUGACGACAUAAGAUUGACAGCUGGAUGGUCCAAUGAAGGCCUGACCACAGGGAUCUGUCAAAGUGGAUCGAUAAUCUGAUCUAUUGAUACAAAGCACACGGGCUCUUUCCAACACGCGCGUCAUUUUUGUUGUUCUCGUACUCCCCCUGGUGGUCGAAAUCGAGAGUGACUGAAUGUACAGUGUGAACCUGACGCAGGUGAAAUAACGUGAAUAUCCUGCGUGUGCGAGCUUCCGGAUGUGGACGCUCGGUUUUGGUAUUACCCCCGGGAGUUUUUGGGCUCGUAAUUGACUGAUAAUCACAAAGAAAAAAAAAAAAACCAACCCUCUGUGGAUUGUGUGGACCGCCGCGGGCUGUUCCAGAGACGAGCGCGCUCACCCACGGUGAGUCACAGACUCGCGGAGAGGGACAGAGUUCAGCAGCACUGCCUCCACACACAGUGAUGAACGGCUCUGAGCACCUGCGGCUUUGAACACCGGGCCACACCGGGCUGACGAGGAGGAAGUCGAGGCAGAGCGGCCGCGUCGGUCCAGAUUGAUUUUAUUUAUUUUAAAUACACAUGCAGUUUAUCAUGGAAAAACCACGGAAAGCCCUGAGGAUCGUGCGGACGAUACGGAGGAAAAGCGAGGGCGGUGUUUACAAGAUGUUGCCGAGUCCACGCCUUUUAAUGUGGAAGGGAAGGAAACGUGCAAAACACAUCUUUCUCGGGAUCCUGGCCCUGGUGGUCAUCUACGUGCUCUUCCUCACCUUCGACGGCAGACUGACUUUCCAGCCCUACAUGUCCACGACGACAUUUUACGUGGCGUACCCCGGGAACUACACCAUCAUCAUGGACAACACGCCUGUGUGUAGGACCAGGAAUCCCUUCCUGGUCCUGAUGGUCCCCGUCGCACCUCGUGGUGUGAAGUUCCGUCACACUAUUCGAAGGACGUGGGGAAGUGAGAGAACAGUUCUGGGUCAGAGGGUGGACACCAUCUUCUUACUGGGCCUCCCCAGUGGAGAGGAAACUGAGCAGCAGCAGGAGCUGCUCUUCUGGGAGAACGAACAGUACCAAGACAUGAUCCAGAGCGGCUUCCUGGACAGUUACCGCAACCUGACCAUCAAGACCAUGUUCAUGCUGGAGUGGUUGGUCAAGAACUGCAAGAAUACGUCGUAUGUCAUGAAGAUAGACUCAGAUAUGUUACUUCAUGUCCCGAACUUGGUCAAACUCCUGCUGGACCCCAUCACGCCCAAACACAACUACAUGUCAGGGCUGGUGUGGUGGCACAGCCAGGUCCUGAGGAACCCAUUUAAUAAGUUCUACAUGCCCAGACACGUGAUUGCGGAGCCGGAGUACCCACCGUACCCUCUGGGCAUGGCCUACGUCAUGUCCAUGGAUCUGCCCGAGAAGAUCCUCAGUAUCUCAACAGAAAUCAAACCAAUCUACAUCGAAGACGCCUACCUGGGCAUGUGCCUACAGCACCUGGGCAUCUUCCCCACCGACCCCCCGGACACGGACUUGUACAUCGUCAAGCCCGUUCAUCCUCUGAGCAACUGCAGCCUUACAAAAGUUAUAGCCGUGACGACGACGGGCAUCGACCUCAUGAACAUUUACUGGGCGAGGAUUCAAGACUCUGAAACCACAUGUAAUUUGACAUAUUAUUACUACUACUACUAAUGAGGUGAAGUAGAGGUGCAGUAUAGAAAUGACGUGGAACGGUGUCCUGUCUGUUUACCAGAAAUGUAGUUUUGGCUUUUUUUUAAUUUUUUUUUAAAUUUUUGGUGACAAGAUGAACUUUUGCUGAACCUGAAAUAUGUUUUCAAGUACAAAUUGGAAAAAAAGUGUGUUUGUCUUAAAGACAAGGUUUACAGAAGGUCUUUAUUAGGGAUGUCCGAUAUGCCGAUGAUAUCCGAACACUUGAGUUCCAAUUCCGUUAUCAACCAACACCGAUAUAUAGGCCUGGUAAUAUUUAUUUAUUUAUCUGUGUAAACCACUGUAAGAGUUGCUGACAUCAGCAUUCUGCCUACCAUCCACUAUGAGUAUUAAAAUAGAUUAAUAAAAUGGGCUGCAAUACUGCCAUCUAGUGGCUUUCACUUUCAUGUACAGUUGUUUUUUCCUCCAAAUUUUUUUGGUGAAAGCCAGGCAUUAUCGGAGAAAGAAAUCGGUAACAAUUCUGACAGAUAUUACGUGAUCAUGCUAAUAUCGGGGGGCGAUAAUAUCGGUCGGGAUCAAGAUAAGGCAUCCCUAGUCUUUAUUCUAAAGUGGGGGUUUUGGGUAGAAUAAACGUGUUCUGGUGACAGGAUGCAUACGCACAAAAAAACCCAAUUCAGUCCAGUUCAGUCUGCUCUGGUGUUCGCCACCUGCUGUUGUUCAGCGGUAUUUUUCAUUUCACUCCAAACACAGUAAACACUCGUCUGUCGUGACGGAGACUCGCGACACACUAAAGAGUAAGGAUCGGAACAUAUGAUGAACGUAACAUGAACGUUUCAUUUCCGAUAGUCGACCUCAUCGCUCGCUUACAGAAACCACUCCAAAAGAACACGACCGAGCCACUUGUUCGCAGUAACUAAUAUUUGAAAAUAAAAUUAACGCUUUGAGAAAAAAAAGGACUUUUGAGGAAAGAUGUGCGAUUUUAUAAAAUAAUGACUUUACUUUUAGGUUGAAAAGUUCUUCUGAAUUGUUGGUGGUGUCAAAGGGAAGUUGUUUUAAGGAAAGUGAAGCGCUUAAGUAUUUUCUUUGUUCUUGGAUCUUUGAUUUCAAAUAUCUUUAUUUUUUCACUUUCACUGAAGUUCAUUUCCUGUGAGAGUCGGACCACAGGGAUCAAGAUAAGGCUUUUUAUUUUAGCUAGAGUUUGGUUUUUUUUUGGCUAACGAGGUUGCUGUAGGUGGGAGCGAAACUAGAAAAAUGUGUGGACUUUCUGAAUUCUGUGCUGUAUUUAUGGGCAUGUGUUUGGUGACGACAUCAUGUCAGUGUCUGAGGUUCUGUUGUUUUCAUUUUUUUAAAUAAAUAAACAGAUUUUUUAUAAAUGUGGUCUGAACACGUGCUGCUGCACUCGAGACUCAAAGUUACUCCUUGUUACUACGAAACACAGUAUCCAGGUCCUUCAUUGGCGUGUACUCCUACACCUCAUGUGACGAUGACACAACCCAGAAUCAGAACAAUAACCAGGCGUUACAUAAAACAUUCCGUCAGGUAAAUUCACCUGCAUUAAGGCUUCGGGUUUCAGCGAACCGUCGUACAGUCAGACUGACAGCUUGGACUGUGACGGUGACACCUAUAGGCAGAAACUACUUCCGUUAAGUGGAAAAAGGGUGUGUGUGUGUGUGUUAUGAGGUGUUGCGGUUCUUGUGGGGACACUUUGCAAAAAUUGAAAUGUUAAGGAUCAAUAUUUAGUUUGAAGAUAAAAGUAAAGUUUGUGUCAGAGUUCGGCAAAUGGUAAAGGUUACGGUGAGGUGAUGUUCACUGUGUGUGUGUGUGUGUGUCUGUGUGUGUGUGGGCCGCAUGUUGGGGUUUUGUGGGCUGGAAGUGGCCCCCGGGCCAUAUUUUGAGACCCGUUGACAUGGUAUCUGCUCUAUGACCGACUGAAAAACGAGUCCAGCUCUGAACCGCUGGACCACCGUCCUGGAGUCACGACCUCAGCUGCUGUUUCUCUUCUCUCCUCGAAACGUUUGUUCGAAGUUCAUGUAGAAAAACAAUUCAUACAUCCUGUCUCUUUAAGGAGGUUUUCUUCAUAUUUAUAUAGAUAUUUACUGUAGAUGUUUACACAGGGACAACAAAGGAUGGGCUCGUUACCAACGGGUAAUCCUGAAGACAAAGAGGACAUUGUUUCUAAGUGUGUUUUCUUAGUGUGUAAUCUCUGUUGCCAUACAGGCGUUGUUCUGUUGACACUGUUGACACUGUUGACACUGUUGACAGAACAAACUAAUCUGCCUGUCCUAGUGUGAUUGUUGUUUCACAAACGGUUGAAACAGUCAGUGGCGCUGACCACAUCAAAAAGACACUGGGUUUUUAUUAUCUCACACUUCAAGACAGAUUUAAUAAACAGGUGAUGUAUAUGUGGAUAUAUUUAUAUAUAUAUUUUCUUGGUAUGUACAU